AUGGCUGCCCCGAUGGACUCCCCAGACCCCGAGAAGCCAGAGGCAUCAAGCUUCAAGGAUGAAGCCAGCCCACAAGAAGAUAAGAUCAAAACAGAACGGGGCGUCGACACCCACGCCGAAAAUGCCUCCAACUCCGACGUAGCAAGCCACGAAGAUAAACCCAAGCUGCGUACCGGCGGCAAGCCCGAGCUAACAGAAGACGACUGCUACGAAAAGCUCGGCUUCUGCUUCCCAACAUGGAAGAAAUGGAUGAUUCUCUCCGUCAUCUUCGUGGUCCAGAUGUCCAUGAACUUCAACACAGGCGUCUACGCCAACGCCGUGACCGGUCUAACCGAAGAAUUCCACAUCAGCGAACAAGCGGCGCGAGUCGGACAAUGUGUGUUCCUAGUCGCCUAUGCAUUCGGAUGUGAGCUGUGGGCACCAUGGAGCGAAGAAUUCGGCCGCUGGCCCAUAAUGCAGCUCUCCCUAUUCCUCGUGAACAUCUGGCAAAUCCCAUGCGCCCUCGCACCCAACUACGGCACAAUCGUCGUAUGUCGUGUCCUCGGCGGUCUCAGUUCCGCCGGAGGCUCAGUCACCCUCGGUAUGACAGCGGAUAUGUGGGAAGCCGACGACCAAGGCUACGCUGUAGCCUUUGUUGUUCUCUCGUCUGUGGGCGGGUCAACCGUCGGACCUUUCUUUGGCGGUAUGAUCGGCGAAUGGCUCACAUGGCAGUGGGUAUUCUGGAUCCAAUUGAUCGUCGGAGCGGCAACGCAGAUCCUCCACUUCUUCAUCGUACCGGAAACACGUACGACGAUCCUAAUCGACCGCGAAGCGAAACGCCGUCGCAAGAACGGAGAAGAUAUCUGGGGUCCGAACGAACUGAAAACCCCUCGUCUAGACUACCACGACGUACUCCGAAUCUGGAUCCGGCCGUUCGAGAUGUUCAUCCGCGAACCGAUUGUUUUAUUCCUUUCCCUCCUCUCGGGUUUCUCAGACGCCCUAAUCUUCGUCUUCACCGAGUCCUUCACACUAGUCUUCAAACAAUGGUCCUUCAGCGUCCUAGCCAUUGGUCUAACCUUCGCCUCAAUCCUAAUCGGAUACGUAAUAGCAUACAUAAUCUUCCUGCCGGACAUCCACCGGCAAAUCCAAACACGGCGUAAAUGCGGCGCAGCAAGUCGUCUCGCCGAGCGCCGUCUCCUCCUCCUUCUAUUCAUCGCACCGCUCGAACCAAUCGGCCUCCUCGGCUUCGCAUGGACAUCAACCGGUCCACCAAUACCGUGGAUUGCGCCAUGCAUCUUCGCCUGUCUAAUCGCAAUGGCGAAUUACGCAAUCUACAUGGCGACGAUAGAUUACAUGGUUGCGGCGUACGGGCCGUACUCUGCGUCUGCAACGGGGGGUAAUGGAUUCGCGCGAGACUUCCUCGCUGGUAUCGCGACCAUGUACUCCACGCCCAUGUACCAGAAUAUGGGGAGCAAGUAUCAUCUCCAGUGGGCGAGUACACUGCUGGGCUGCGUGGGGUUCUUGGUCUUGAUUCCCAUUUAUGUCUUCUACUGGAAGGGUCCGGAGAUUAGGGCUAAGAGUAAAUUCGCGCAGCAGCUUGCAGCUGAUCGGGAUAGGAAUACGGAGAGUAGGAGGGCUAGUCGGGUGAGGGCUUCGGUUGGGGGGUAG